AUGAAGAAGCUUUUCUCUUUCAUGUCACAUUCAUCUAACAACACCAGUAAUAAUCAACUCUCGCCACCACCGAUUGAUAGAGUUAACAAGCCUGGGAAAAACAAGCAUGGUUCAGAAGAUCCGGUUUUUGGUAGAGCUCCUUGUUUAAGUCGAAGCCUCUCCUUUUCAUCUGGGAGUGUUUUUGACGGUGGAAAAGGCAGUAGUGCCAGUUAUUAUGAUUUAAAUAAGCCAUUAGGACGCCUCUCCUCCCGUUCUCGUCCUCAGACUCCUGAAAGGCAAACCAGAUCAAAAUGCAUUGAUGCAGCUAUGGCUCCGAAUGAACACAGAGCAAACUCCGAUUUGUCAGAGGUCUCUCAUUAUUGCUCGAGUAAUGUCUCCAAUAGCGUUUUGGAUAGAUACAUUGAUGGAGAGCAAGAGAUGGAUGAACAGUGCCGAAAAUUAGAAACUAACUUUGAAAAUGGGAAUGCUGUGUUCAAGCGGCCACCAAGGCUUCAGUUUGCUGCUUCCCGUGAUGGUAGGAAACAGAAACCAAAAUCCCAAUCCUUCAGGGAAGCCAAAAUAGCACCAAAAGAUAGCAGUGAGUCUCCGCAGGAACUUGCAAAGCAUGUUGUUGAGAGGCUUUCUUCCCAGUCUCACUUUUCUUUUGACCAUCAUGAUAGUCCAAUUACCAUUGAAGAUAUACGUGGAAGAACCUUUAACAAUAGGUGCUCCAAUGCAUAUAUUGAAGAAGCGUCUCCGAAGAAUUGGCCUGCUGAUUCCAUUGAUGGGUCUCCUCUCCAUGACAAUACUCUGGCAUUCUUGAAAAAAGAUGAUGUCCAUGACACUGAUGUGCAGUUGUUUAAAAAAUUCAAGGAAGCUGAGGACCGUGCAGCGAUUCUCUCACAAGAGUUUCAGAUGGGAAACUAUCUUGAAUGUGGAGGAUAUAGUGUGCCGGCACUGAUUCAGACGAUUAGAUGCUUAACAGAGGAAAAGAUAAAUAUUGCCCAGGAAGUUUCAACUGGCCUUGAUGAUAGGAUUGCCGAAAGGGCCCAUCUCAAGGAAAAACUUAAACUAGCAAGGGUAGAGCUGGAUGCGCAGGCCCGGAGAUUGGCAAAGGAAAAAAAGGAGUUGCAGUUGACUCUUGAGAAGGAAUUGGAUAGGAGAUCGAAUGAAUGGUCCAUGAAGCUUGAGAAAUUACAGGCGGAAGAACAUAGGCUUCGGGAGAGGUUACGGGAGCUAGCUGAGCAGAAUGUUGGACUCCAAAGGGAAGUCUCGUCGUGUAGCGAAAGGGAAAUGGAUUCUAGGAACAGAGUUACAUUCUCUGAGAAACAACUUGGGGAUCUAUCUGUUCGGUUUAAAGAAGCUGUAGAUGAAAAUAAUUAUUUGCAGAGAAGUCUGUCCGAAAUGCAAGAGAGAGCCAGAGCAGCUGAAGAGGAGCGUGAUUGCACCCGAAGGAACUAUGAGGGUAAGGUUGCAGAGUGCAAAGACUUGCAUCAAUCUAUCAGUAGACUCCAAAGAACCUGUAAUGAACAAGAAAAGACAAUUGGUGGGCUACGUGGGCUUUGUGAGGAGGCACUUGGAAAGAAAAUCUCUCAGGAAAGUCUUGAUGUUGGAUCUGCUAAGAUGCAGGUUGAGCAUAUGAGGCUGACUGGAGUGGAGCAUUCAUUGAGGAAGGAAGUUGAAUCGUACAGAGCUGAGGUUGAUUCGCUUCGGCGUGAAAACAUUGAUCUGCUCAAUCGUCUGAAAAAAGAUGGGGCAUUCUUGACUUUUAAGUUGGACCGCGAAUUAGAGAGCCGCGUUAGCUGCUUAGAAAAUCAAAUUGUUCCAUUGCUAAUGGAGAGCAGCCAACUUGGCAGAAAAUUGAUUGAAUUUGUCAAAACUAAUGGGCAAGCUUCUGCCACGUGUUUGGAUGGUCAAGCUCUUGUUGAAUGUGAAGUGAAGCUACAGGGUCUAGAGAGGACAGCUGAAAAUGUAGCAAGCACUCUUCGGACUGUGUCUAAUGUUUUGCAAGAGAAACCAACCGUGCCUAAUGAGAAGCUUUGCCCAGUUUGUGUGGACACCCAAUCAGCUAGCGCGGGUGAUGAUUCGUACAAAUGGAAUGAACACAAAACAGAGGACAUUGCCAGAUCAGCCCUGAAAGCAGAGACGUUAUUGACAAGUUUGUUGCGAGAGAAGCUUUAUUCCAAGGAGCUCGAGUUGGAGCAACUGCAAGCAGAGCUUGCUGCUGCUGUCAGAGGAAAUGACAUCCUCAAAUGUGAAUUGCAAAAUGCAGUCGAUAAUUUUUCUUGCUUAAACCAUAAGAUGAAAGAAUUUGAACUUCAGACGAUUAAAAAGGACGAGACGGUUAAUCAACUAACAGGUGAUUUGCAAGAAUGCAAGAAAGAAUUGGCUAUAGUGAGGGGAAUAUUGCCAAAGGUAUCUGAAGAAAGAGAUAUGAUGUGGGAGGAAGUUAAGCAAUAUUCGGAGAAGAACAUGUUGUUGAAUUCUGAGAUGACUGUGUUGAGAAAGAAAAUAGAGGCCCUUGAUGAAGAGAUACUACUAAAAGAAGGCCAAAUAACCAUUUUAAAGGACAGUCUUAGCAAACCUCUUGGCCUUCUUGCAAGCCCGGAGUCUAUCGAUAAUUUCCUCUGGCCGAAGAAGCAAUGA